AUGAACGAAUUUUAGGCUUUUAUCAUUAGUUUGGGAGAGAGGUUAAAUACUCCCAUACCAGAUGAAUAUAGAAGAUAAUUUAAGAUAAGAGGGGAGUUCACUUAUCCAACUAAUAAAAAGUUUGAUCAAAUCUGUAAGAGGUUUAGAAUAUAGCUUAUCUGUAGUUUUUUAGAAGAUGAAAAAUUAAGAUGCAAAAGAAAGUGGGACAACUCAUUUAAAUUGUUUAUGGUUUGGUUUCUGGUUAAAUACUUUGAGAAAAAAAACCUACUUAUUAUUCAUCCGGUAUCUUGAGAAAAUACAUCAUAGGAUGAGAAUGACUGGGUAAAUUUUGAAAACAUCCUUAAAAUUGACAAGCAUUCAUUGAAGCAACGAUGGAUAACCCUCAUAAAUCCAUAAAUGAAAUCAAUUAAUUGGCUUUAAGAGGAGGAUGAUUUCAUUACAACCCAAAUGAAGUACUCUAAUCCAUUCAAACUUAGUUAAAAGCAUAAACACAUAUGGACUUAGAUAGCAGUUUCAUUAUAUGAAAGAAAUCUUCAAGGAAACAUUCGUACUCCUAAAUAAAUUAGAGAAAGAUGGAUGAACUACCUUAAUCCAGAAUUGAAUAAGUAUAAUUCUCAUUAUAUACAUUUAGAGAUCAAUGGAUGCUCAAGGAGGAUUUGAUUAUCCUCAAUAACGUUGUCAAAAAUGGAAAGAAAUGGUCCUAAAUUUCACAAUAGUUAAAUGGAAGAACAGAAAACUAAGUAAAAAAUCGGUAUUUCAUAUACUUAUGUCAAGUUACAAAUCUUUAAUUCAUAAAAUCUGCAAGGACGAUGAAUGUGAUGAAAUUGAUAUGGUUAAGCAAUAUAUAAGGAAAAAGUAUUUUAAAUGAGUAAAUUUAGUUAAGCUCAUGUUGAUUCCAAUAAAUAAGGAAUUAUAGGAAAAAGAGGUAGGCAUAAAAAAGGAUUAAGAAAUAAAGAAUAAGGUGUGGAAUAAAGAAAGUAACGAAAUCUUCCAAAAAUAAUUAAACAGGAAGAAUAAAUAUCGCACUAAUCUUUUGUAUAACAAGCUUAACCAAUUAUUUAAUAAACACAAUAAUAAUAAGCUUAGCAAUAAUAACAAUAAUAAUAGCAGACUUAAUAAUAAUAAUUAUAAUAAUUAUAAUUUCAUCAAUAAAUGCAAUUGCAAUAAUUACAACAAUAAAUGAAUUUUAAUAAUGAAGAGAUGAAGAUCGCCUUAAAUUUACAAUCAAAUUUUCUUUAAGAAGAUAUCAAAAAUACAACACCUUUGAUGAUGCUAUAAUGUUUAACUUCUCCUGGAUAUCAAUUUCUUGAGAAUCAAUUCCUAAAACAAUUAUCCCCAGGUAUGGUUGAGGAAGGAGAAUGCCAUUAAAAUUCUUCCUUGCAAUUACCAAAAUUAAAUAAUAUGUAUAAAAUGAGUUCUACAUCACCUUUUCUAUUACCUUCAAUGUUACAAUCUCCAUUUUGGAAUAACGAAUAAUAGUAUAUUUAGUAGAAUGAUGAAUAAAUGCCUCCUCCUCAACCAUCUUAGACAUUUUCCUAGUAGAUAUCUACUACACCUUUUUUGAAUUUAAGUUAUUUAAGAUAACCUUAGCACAAUGGCUUUACAAGCAAGAAAGAGUUAGAUUUAUUAUAAGAGAAUCCAAUUUAAUAAUUUAACAAAAGAAGAAAUUUUAAUUAGUAGUGA